CGGUGCCCUUUCUGCAGACACUUUCGAUACAGAAGGAGCGGGACAGCUUAUGUUACAACUACACAGUUGAAGAAGAAUCUACCACGUGUAAUAAUGCAGGACUUCACAAAGGCAGUGAAGGAGUUUGUGGAAGAACACUAUACAGGGGUCACAGUUGUCCUUGUUACUGGUGUCGGGCUCUUCGCCCUGCGGAGAUGGCUGGCUGGAGGAGUCUGUCGCAGCAAAGCCCGCUUGGACGGCAAAACUGUUCUGAUAACGGGAGCCAACACUGGUAUCGGUAAAGAGACAGCGGUGGACAUGGCCAAGAGAGGUGCAAGGGUGAUCCUGGCUUGCCGAGACAUGGGCAGAGCCAACAAAGCAGCAGAAGAGGUCAGGAAGAGGAGUGGAAAUGACAACGUGGUUGUGAAGAUGCUUGAUCUGAACUCCUUGCGGUCUGUCCGAGCUCUGGCCAAAGAUGUACAAAAGACUGAAGACAGACUGAAUAUUCUCAUUAAUAAUGCUGGGAUAAUGAUGUGCCCACAUUGGAGGACAGAAGAUGGCUUUGAGAUGCAGUUUGGUGUGAACCACCUGGGUCAUUUCCUGCUCACCAACUUACUCCUGGAUUUGUUAAAAAAAUCAGCACCCAGCCGUAUUGUCAAUGUUUCCAGCCUGGCCCAUGAGUCAGGCAAGAUUCAUUUUGAUGAUAUAAACCUGGAGAAAAACUAUGAAACAUUAGUAAGCUAUCGACAGAGCAAGCUGGCCAAUGUUUUGUUCACCCGGGAACUAGCUACCAGACUAAAAGACACAGGAGUGACAACUUACGCUCUUCAUCCUGGGGUGAUCCGUACUGAGCUAGGACGACACUUUUUCCCCUCUCUGCCUCUGUGGAAAAGGAUUUUAGCCAUUCCCUUUGUCUACUUUCUCAAAUCACCUUGGCAGGGUGCACAGACCACCAUCUACUGCGCAGUAGAUGAGAGUCUAAAGAAUACCAGCGGCCUUUACUACAGUGAUUGUGCACUCAAAGAGGCAGCUCCUCAGGCUAGAGAUGAUGCUGCAGCUCGCAGACUGUGGAAUCUCAGUGCUUCCAUGGUGGGCCUGGCUUGAGACAAAACUUUGCACACUGAAAAUCACCAUCUUCAUUUAAAAAGCAGCUUGUCACAUUUUCCUGUGUAAAGUGAACAUUCCAUAUUUGUAAAUUAAAUCUGCCUACUUUAUAUAAAGUACAGAGAGCCCAUUUGAGUAAGAAUGUAGGAAAAUAUACUUUCUGUGUCUAUAAUGACUGCACUGUAUAACUGCAGUAUGAAGUGUGAAUUUAAAUUAAUUAAUUAGCAAGAUUUUAUAUACCAUAACACUAUUAGCCAUAGUGUAUGCAGUUAUACAAAUUAGACAUUUGACCUAUUAAAAAAUUAAUUUCAUUUCAUUUCCAGUGCUUGUGUAAUUUGAUACCAUGUAUCAUGGUAUAAUUCUUUGUGUAAUAUAAGUGUUGGAUAACAUUUUUACAAAGCUUAUUUUUGAAUGAUGAAAAUAAGACAGUUAAAUUGUUACCCUCUGUAAAAUGAAAGCUUAUGGUAGAGAGCAUUUUAUAAAAGCUGUAGUACAACAUGAACAGUUGUGGAAUAAAAUUGGAAUUUUAAAAAAUUAUUUUCAUUGGACAUAAACAGUGUAUUUAAAGUUCAUUAGAAAUAAACACAUUCAGAACUUAAAACUUUGGUGU